UUGGGAUACGCUGUCAGCCAGGCACCUGACUUCCUCGACUCAGCUGGGCAGCAGGCCAUUUAGUUCGGUUAGACGUGGAACAAGUAAACACCUCAGACGGACAGGAUGGCGCGCAGACAAAAUCUGACACCAAAAUAUUCAGGCACAGACACUACUGACAUAUGAAGACUGUUGAGGUUCCUGCUCUUAUCGCUGGUCCUCGUGCCUCUGCCACCUCAUCUCUGCAAAUCUUUCCAAUGAAAUCUCUCUCCUGUCAACACUCACACCUGGGACAAACAUGUCACUUGUGCAAAUGAAGGACAAGUGGAUCAAAGUAGGACAGGAUCUAGCAAAGACUGACAAAGCUUUUCUGGAGUACCUCAGUGACGUGAAUGUCACUGUUCUCCAACACCUACUCAACCACAAUGCAGUGGAAAGUAAAAGGCAGAUGCAGAUGACUGAGUUACUGCAGCUGAAUGAGAAGUUCCAAGCUCUCUGGGAUUAUACAGAAGUGAAGUGCAAGCAGCUGCAGACACUGACAGGCCAGGGCGCCGUCCAGAGCAGCAGAGACGUGUACAUCAUCGCGCAGAUGGAGAACGUCCAGCAGCUCUAUACACAGUACUUCUCAUCCUUCACAAAUUUUGUGGUAGUUGGAGGCUUUGACUACAUUGGCAAAAAGACAAGUACAUAUUGGAAGGAGAACAAGGUGAACCUCUGGAGGUUCAUCAGUGCGCAGAAAUGCGAGAGCUCGGUGUCACUAAACCUCUACAGGAUUCUGCAUGAACGUCUCCGGGAGCAGAUCAGCCAGUACACUCGCAUACUCACUCUUCUCGCUGAGGAUGGCCGACAGAUUGCGGGUGAUGAACAACUGGAUGUGUCUCUAAGGGGAUUUAUGGACCUCAAAAGCUACAUCAGUCAAGUUCUUGAUGAAGCUACUGUCACCAAAGACCUGUGGAAAUCUCUGGGCCAGAAACUGACGGAUAUUUUAUGCACUCCGGAACGUCGUUUACAGGAGGACAGUAAAAAUGCUCCCAUCUCCUUAUCAGCAGGACGGUUGGGUCAUGAUCGUAUCCUUCUCUGCAAUGACGCUAUAAUCCACCUACAGGGAUCUGAUGUUCGCUGCUAUGAUCUGACUACACUUUGGAUUGAGCCAAUAGAUAUGGAUAUUUCAGAAAGCAAAUCUUUGAAGGUCAUAACUCCUGAAGACCAGCUGAUCUUCCACACCAUGGAACCACAUAAUCGGGUGAUGUGGUACUGGAAGCUCAAUCAGGCUGUCCGCCAGUCUCUGGUCAAGAAGCGAGACUUUCCCCUGUGGGGAAAAGGGAACAAAGGACAACGGCCAGCUAACCCACCCAAUUGCCGAUUGGCUACUUACAUGUUUAAAAACGAAGGGAGACUGAAGAACGCUGUCUAUGAAGGUGACUGGAAAGAGGGGAAACCACACGGCAAAGGGACACUAAAAUGGGAAGAUGAACGCAAUUAUACUGGAGAUUUCAUGAAUGGCCUUGAACAUGGGUUUGGAGUAUAUUUAGUUCCCCAUUCCGAAGGAUACAACUGUUACAAAUGCCACUGGAUCGAGGGGAAAAAGCAGAGAUACGGAAUGUGUGAGUACAGCACCAACACCAUAUACAGGGGGUACUUCAAGGGGGACCUUCGGCACGGAUUUGGAAUUUUGGAAAGCUCCCGGGGGGAGAGCAGCUUCUUCCGAUAUGUCGGGCACUGGGAGAAUGACAGGAAACAUGGGUAUGGCGUCAUGGAGACUGCAGACAGUGGCGAUCGCUACAUCGGCAUGUGGAAGGAUGACCAAAGGGAAGGCAGGGGUAUCGUGGUGACGCAGUCAGGACUCUGCUACGAAGGCAACUUCCAGGGGGGCAAGCUAAUAGGUAAAGGUGUCUUGCUGUCUGAGGAUAAGUCACUUUAUGAAGGAGAGUUUACUGAAGACUUACAGCUGAGAGGAAAGGGAAAGAUAACUUUUCCAGAUGGCAUUACAGUUGAAGGGACUUUCAGCAGCACGUUUGGGAACGGACUGCAAGCAAGUGGAGUUAUGAACACAUCUAACAAUACUGAGAUGUCCUAUGUAGCCACUCAUCUACAGCUAGGACAAGAUUUCCUUGUUCUGGGGCAAUGGCCAGGUGUCUUUACCCCCUUCAUAGAGUACCUGCGCUCGGAUUGCACUGAGAAAAUGGAGGAGGCUUUCCUGGGAUUCCGCACGGAGAGCGGCAGGUCCCUGCGAAAGGUGGGCUCUGAGGGACUGGACUCUCAGAGCUAUACUCAGCACCAUUCCUGUACUGGCAGGGAAGCUGUGACAAACACUGAAUUCUUAAAGGAACUGAGACUUCAGCAGAGUAAAGAUCAACUUCAGCAGUAUUUGGAAAAGUCCCUGCAGUCUUCCAGACACCCCUUGGGAAAGCUGCUUCAAACACAAAUCCUGGUCUUCCAGGCAGCCUACUCUGGGAUUGGAGCCAACAAGCAUUUACUGGAGAUGGCCCAGAAGGAGGUCAAAUACCACGCGGAGAAGAUCCAGGAGAUCAUUAUGGAUUAUGUUCCUCAGCUUUUUAACAAAAGCUCUGAACCCGUAGAAUCAAGCGAGACUGAAAUGGACUUCUGCUCGCUGGUGCUGCCCGUCGUCCUGCCAGAGUUCUACCCUGAGCUGUCCAUGCUGUACAUGUUAUAUCAUGAGGAGGACAAUGCGUGCUACUGGCAGGGCAUCCUGCACCUGAACUUGCUGUCUGACACGAAGCUCAUGGAGUUUCUCGAUGUCCAACGACACUUAUGGCCACUGAAAGAUCUACAUCUGACUUCAAAUCAGAGGUAUUCAAUCGUCCACGAUCAGUGCUUCCUCUCUGCUAUUGAAUGCGUUCAGAAGAUCAGUACAACAGCAGACCCUCAGGAGAAACUAGACAACCUUUUUCACACUGUGGAUGAAAUUGAGACAACAGUGAACCGGAUACUAAACAGGGAAUACAAACUGCCCUUGGAUGACCUCCUACCUCUGCUGAUCUAUGUUGUUUCAAGAGCAAGGAUUCAGCACCUCGGGGCAGAGCUGCAUUUCAUUCGUGAUAUGAUGGCCCCACAAAUGCAGGGAGGAAUGGUUGACUAUCUGUUGACGGCCUUUGAGUCAUGUUACCAGCAUAUGCAGAAGGAGGAGAUACGACAGGGACGAUUUACAAACUUCACCUGAGGAUAUCCGUCCAACAUGUUUGCUGCAUACGCCUCGCAUAACAUCACUCUAAAAAGCACUUUAGAAACUUGAAUAAGAUCGAUCCUGACAUGUUUGAACCUUUUAACACCUAAAAUAACCUAAAAGCCAUGUUUAGUGAAUUGUGCAGGACGUGGGUCAUGGACUUUAAAGGAAGACGCACACUGCUUUACAAGGAUGUUACCGAUCAAAUUGCAUGGAUUUCUAAGACCUGAAACUUCAUUCUUUUUCUUUGCAAAAUUACAACCAUAAACAUAUGUUACGUGCCGUAAGUUUUGAGGGAAGGGCUACAAAUUCUUCGGACUUCCUGCCCUCAUCCCGAUUCGCCGCCGGCGUAUGGACCGUAACACAUAUGUGGUCCUGGUCAUAAGUAUAGGGUCAAAGGUCAAAACGGCAUCAUGUGAGAUGAGUGCUUCCAAAAAUUACUGUUUACCUUUUUGUUCAGAAGUCUUUCUGUUACCUCAAAAUUAUAUAUGCAUGCAUGAGACCCCACCCAAUUACACCAACAUCUGUUCAUACGUAAAGGAAAAGGUUUUUUCCAGUGAUGUGCAUGUAUUUAUGUCAAUGUCUUAAGAAGACAUUCGAUACAAAUAUGUGAACAAGAAUUGUUCACAGUUGUUCAUUUCCAUACCAUUAUAGUAUAUUGGUAUUUUUCUUACCAUUAGAAUAAGUUAUUUAAAUGAGUUGUCAGACUGGUAGAGUUUAUUAAAGUAUUUGUGGGGGGGAAAGCAGAUAAUAAAUUUCAGUAGCUGACUGAAUUUCACACACCUGUCCAAAAACAUGUUUGAUGAUUGUUUUAUACGUAAUUUGACUUAAUUUACACGGUUAAUAAUGGAGCUAAAAUACAUCAGCUUCACUGUCUGAAAGGGUAUCAUACUUUGAUACCAGUUGAUAUUUUUUAAAAAACAGUUUUCUAAACUGAUUUUAGUCUGUUGUUUAGAUAAUGUACUACAAUUGUAAUCUUCGAUUGCCUGAUGAAUAGAGUGGAAAGUGGCUCAAAAUCCCAGGCUUGUCAGCUUUUAAUGUAAAAUUCAGAUGUACCUAUUCUGGACAUUUAAGCUACCUUGUUUUAAUUGUCUGAAUAUUUAAUCUGAACAAACCUUAAUUAAAACUUGUUAAAUGGUGUUAAUUUACAAUACCAAACAAUGUUUUGACUGUAAAUAAAUUGCUAAUAUUUUAA